AUGAGAGAAAAAAUAUCUGAGUUUGAGUCAAAGUUUGGAAUGAUUCAAGCCUUUGGUUGUGUUGAUGGCACUCACAUUCCCAUUGUUUGUCCAACUAUUCAUUCUCAAGAUUAUUUUUGUUACAAACAAUACUAUUCAUUACAGGUUCAAGCAGUUUGUGAUUACAAAGGCAGUUUUUUGGAUGUUGAAUGUAUGUGGCCUGGUAGUGUGCAUGACGCUAAAGUCUUUUCAAACUCUUCUAUUAAUACUAAUUUGAGAAGUUCAAGACUUCCAGGAACCUUUCAAACUAUUACUAAGAACAAAAUAAAAGUUCCAUGCUACCUAAUUGGAGAUCCUGCAUAUCCACUACUUCCACAUUGUAUGAAAGAAUAUAGUACAUGCAAGAAAAAUGAUGAAGUCAUUUUUAACAGUAUGUUGAGGACUGCACGCAACCCUAUAGAAUGUGCUUUUGGUCGACUUAAAGCACGUUGGAAAAUUUUGACCAAAAAAAUGGAUUUAAAACUUGAAAAAAUUCCAACAGUAAUUUAUGCAUGUUUUAUUUUACAUAACUUUUGUGAACGACACAGUAUCUGCAUUGAUGAAGAGUUAGUAAAAAUACAAGUUGAGGUAAUAAAUGAAAAUGAAAAAAAUUUUAGAAAUUUACCAGAUCCAAUUUUUUCUUGUAUUGACGGUGAAGGUGAAGUUAUUCGCAAAGCAUUAACUGAGUACAUUAGUGAAAAUUAUGUUCAAAAGCAAACUGUUUACACAAAAUAA